AUGAUACGAUUAGUUGACGCCAAAGACAUUGUGUCGUCCAAAAGUCACACCCUUCCCGAUUAUCUGGCACUAAGUCAUUGCUGGGGUCGGACAACAACCCAGCAGGCUGAAGCAACGUUGAAAAAUGUGAAAGGAUGGCGUCAGGGCUUUUCCCUUGGAAGGCUUCCAAGGACAUUCAGAGAUGCAGCCAUGAUAACCCGCCGUCUUGGAGUAGGCUACCUCUGGAUCGAUAGUCUUUGCAUCAUACAGGAUGACAAGAGCGACUGGGAACGUGAAUCUAGCAAGAUGGCAAGCAUAUACCAGAACUCCUUCCUCACAUUGGCGGCUACUGGGUCUGCUGAUGGUGACUGCGGCUGUUUCGCAGGCUUUCAUGAGAUUCCUUACCACUGGUCCGGCCGAACUGUCAAGGAUGACAAGCUAUGGGCGCCGGUGAGUGUCGAGGUUGCCGGGUUUCGUCGUUGGUUUGCCCUGACCCCACCAGAUGACAUUCGCGGCAUCUCGCCAUACGGCAUCUCAAGCUCUGACCAAACUCUGACAGGAUACCCAUUGCUUACGCGGGUGUGGGCGUUCCAGGAGCGGUUGGUAAGCCCUCGUGUACUUCACUUCGGCAAAACUCAGAUGGCAUGGGAGUGUCGGCGCGCAUUCUGGACAGAAGUCUUCAUCUUCGAAGAUGACCCCAAAAAACAAGAUAAUGGCUUGCCAGCAUACCUGGCGGCGCCGGUCGAGGUCCAGGAAAAUCCUCUUCCAGGUUUCAACCAGCGUCAGAGGACAAUACCAAAAGACUAUCCAUUUGAGAUGAUGCGCAAGCGGUUCAUAUCUCUCAUGACGGGAACGUACACGUCAAAAGGCCCAACUACCAGCGUUAGUAGCCUCAGAGAUCUGGCAAAACCCGACGAUCACCCCGACACCAUUCACGAGGCCUGGAGGAUGAUAUUCGAGUUCUUCAGCCGUCUGGCAAUGACGUACGAGAUGGACCGACUUCCCGCCCUUUCUGGAAUUGCAUCCGCAGGAUCGACGUCUAUGAUGUCGACGGAAAGCUCCACAAACACGUAUCGCGGGGGGAUUUGGUCCUCCCAUAUCCCAGAAGCCUUGUAUUGGGUUGGCACUUCUCAUCUUGCGCCACGGCCUGCACUGUACCGUGCCCCCAGCUUCAGCUGGGCAUCUAUCGAGGGGCCCAUUACAUUCCGAGAUCCUUUGAAGGUCAGGCGCUUCUUUGACAGCCACCUAGGUUACCUAGGAAGGACGUCCUGUGAGCUGCUAGAAUGCUCCUCGGUACCUGAAGGAGUAGACCCAUAUGGGAGAGUUACCGGCGGACAUAUUAAACUGCGCUCAUGGACUAGUCGAGGUCGAGUGUCGGAGCAGACAGACGGUCGGUGGUUGAUAGAGCACGUGGCCACUUCAAAACGGCAGAAGUUCUGGCCUGGCAUUCCGCUGGCCGUAGCGCCGAUGAAAGACGGUGAUGAGGUACGCCUGAGUUUGCUCGAGCGUAUCAAGUUGCAUGCUGGACCGCUCUAUGAUAUACCUGUAGCCACUCUGAACCCCAAAAAUUUCCUGGUCAUUGCUCUUGUAUUGAGACCAAGGCGCCUGACGACGCAUUCGGCGUGGCAGCGGGUUGGCUUGAUAUACCCAGUGGAUGACAUGACGGCAUACAUUGAUCGCCGGGAAAACGGAGGAGCUAACAUAGGUUCAGACAGCAGUAUGUUUGAUGGGCCUGCCUGA